UUUUGAGAUUCACUUAACAGCACACAUAAAAUUUCAAUGCCUAAAGCGUAUCUAUAGUUGCGUCUCUAACAAGCACUUCCAAUUGAUAAUUGCGGUCGGAAAACCACUGGAACUCUGCAACUUACUCGUUCUCUAUAGCUGCUCUUUCUGUCGUUCCGCUACCGUCGACUUCUAUCUUCCUUUCCCUCUCCAGCGUCUCUCUCUCUCUCUCUCUCUCUCUCUUCGACCAUACCAAAACUCCCCAAAUCCCUUCUUCAGUGAUACAUUCAAACCCUAAACACCGUCAUUCAGUCUCAAGCGAAACCAUCUGCACAGGAGACAUGAGUGAUUUCUCAAGGGAAGCAACUGAUCUGACAAGAGAUGGUGAGACACAGCUGCCGCUGCAGGCGGACAUGUCAAUAGAAGAAGAUUGGGAAGCUAUUGCAGACCGUGAACCUGAUGAAUUACUCUCCUCACAAGUCUUGCCUGAAGUAUCAAAACUCUCUUUGGAAGAUACCAAAGGUCAAACCCCUAAGCGACGUGGAAGAGGAACAUUUUCAUAUAAGAAAGAUGAACUUUACAGUGAUCAAAUACCUGAUAAGUUAAUUAUUGAUACGCGAGAGGAUGAAGAUGUGUGCCAUAAUUUAGAGGGAGAUCCAAAAAUAAGAAAUUCAAAAUUUGGUACACAACAUGUUCUUGUUCUGGCUGACUUUCCACCAAGUACCACGACAAUAGAGUUGGAGAAGCUUUUUCAGGACUUUGGAGAUCGUGGAGUUGUUAUUCGCUGGGUCAAUGAUACGGUUGCACUAGCAGUUUUCCAAACACCAUCAAUUGCACUUGAAGCUCGUAAUUGCAUUCGAUGUGCAAUGAAAGUGGAAGUGCUUGAUGAGAAUGAUACCCUUUUGAGCUCAAUUUCACCCAAAGAUCUGGAACCACCUCGGCAAAGGCCACAGACAUCAGUAAGAACUGCCCAGAGGCUCAUUGCGCAUGGAAUGGGACUGAAACUGCCUUCCACAGCCUUUGGGUCCGUGGAUUUGAAGAAACAGGAAGAUGAUCGAAAAAGCCGCAUAGUCAUGAGGCAAAAGUUGAAAGAUGAUGCUUGGGGUACAGAUGAAAACUAAGAUUUUUUCAUUAUGGUAAUUGCCUAUUCCAUUUCUUUCCUCCCUCAGUAUAUGACUCUAAAGGUCUCUGUAUUUGGCCUUUUAAGCACAUAUGAUCAAUUUCAAUCCUAGAAAAAUGUGAGUUGCUUGGUUUGCCUUGAGCGACUAAAUAGAUAUUUAUUAGGUACAUAGGGUUUAGGAUGCUUGGUGGACUUAACGUGAGUAUAGCAUCUCAACCAUUGGAUCUAAUAUAGAUGGAUGAAAAUGGGUAGCGUGCA